AUGGUAUUCGAACAAGAUUUUCUUUAUCGUUUUUAGUGGCGAAUGGAUGGAAGUGCGGACAUAGCUUGUUUGAACGUGUAUUUCGACAAACAAAUCAUUUCGAAUAAAUAAGUGUACUCAUUUGCAUCUGGACUAUCGACUAAUUGAGAUUUUUUCAUCAAAAUUUCGAAACAGAGAGAAAACAUUAUGAAUUCAAUUCUAAUAACUGGCUGUAAUCGCGGGCUGGGACUUGGUUUGGUUAAACAAUUGCUUAAUUCUAAUAAACCAGCAAAACACAUUUUUGCAACAUGCCGCAAUCCUGACAAAGCGCAGGAGCUCAAUGAGUUAAAAGCAAAACAUAAUAAUCUGCAUAUUUUUCCGUUGGAUGUUUCAAACUAUGAUAGUUUUGAUAAUUUGGUGCAGCAAAUCGAUGAAAUUGUCAAGGAUGACGGGCUUAAUGUGCUGCUAAACAAUGCUGGUGUCGCUCCAAGAUCGACACGAUUGAAUUUCGCCAAAGAUACUGAUCUUCGGGAAACUUUUGAAAUAAAUGCCAUCGCACCGGUUAUGCUAACAAAGGCAUUUAUUCCAUUAUUGAAGAAAGCAUCUUCAGCGAAUGAAUCGCAACCGAUGGGCGUACAGCGUGCAACAAUCUUGAAUAUGAGUUCACUUAUGGGUUCCAUUGAAGAUAAUGGACAAGGCGCAGCGUAUGCAUAUCGUAUGUCAAAAGCUGCUCUGAAUAUGGCAACGAAAUCGAUGAGCAUUGAUUUUAAGAACGAUGGCAUUUUGUGCGUUACAAUGCAUCCCGGAUGGGUUCGCACUGAUAUGGGUGGUACAAAUGCACCUAUGCAAAUUGAAGACGCUUGUAAAAAAAUGCUUCAAACAAUUUUAUCUUUGAAUGAAACACACAAUGGAACCUUCGUUCGAUAUGAUGGUGCACUAUUAAAAUGGUGAUUUAAAUUACACAAUUUGAAACCAUUUUUUUGUGAACAUUUUAUCAAAUAAAAAGUAUUUAGAAGAAAAAUUUGAAUUUGAAUCAUUUUUACCAUAGAAG